AAGUGAUGAGGCAGAUAGAGAUUAAACACAGCAUUAAACCAAAAUGCGAGUGGCAACAUCCCAUCCAACCCAAGCGGAAAUCCAAAAAGCGAGUCCUAUCUCCAAGCUGAGCCAAUCAGAUGCCACCACGUGUACGGAGAAAGCUACUCCCUCCCUAGCUGAUCAUCAUCUUCUUCUUCUUCGUACGUGACACAAUGGGCAAUCAAUCAGUGACCCCCACCAACACAUGCACUUUUUCUCGACUUCAUCAGAUUGUUUCUCGUUUUCUCUCUCUCUCUCUCUCUCUCUCUCUAUGUGCAGCAGCAAAACUCCUCUCUCAAUGAACAAAAAACGACGCCGUGGAGCUCGCAAAUCCCGAGUUUCUAAGCCUAAAAAGCCCAAAUUCCUCAGCCUCCGCCGCCAGUUCCCGCCAGAUGAGAUGCAGGCCCCCGCUGAUUCCCGCCAGCUCGACCUAUUCCCUCUCCACCCCGACCACGACCGAGAAUGCCAGGAUCAAGCUGAGAACGUCGCCCUAUUUUUCUCUGCCACCGACGACGGCGGCGCCACCACCCUCACCGGCCUCCUCGACAACUCCUCAGCCGUCGACUCCAACUCCUCACACACAAACAACAACAGUUCCAGGGUGGACUAUUUAUCGCCGUCGUCGGCGUCGCUAACAUACGCCUACGGAGAGGAGCGGGCGGCGCUGGUGCGGACGGCGUUGAGGAGCAGGGAUCGGGAAUCAGGCGAGGAGAAGUGGGUGCGGUACUCGGAGGUGGUAGAGAGGAAGGUGAAGGAGGAGGAGGUGACGAGCUCGGCCGUGGACCGGCGGCCCGCAGCGGCGCAGCGUGUGUCGCUGAAGCUGGAUUACGACGAAAUCAUGAACGCUUGGUCCAACAAAGGGCCACUCUUCGUUGACGGUGGGGAGACUUCGCAGAUAGUCCCCGACCUUAAACACCAUUUUCUCUCUCAUCACGGAGUGAGCUGGGAUUAUAAGAAUUCAGGGUUGUGGACAGUUCCAGAAAUGAAGAAUGUUGAAGGGCAAAGGAAAGCUAGUGUGUUAAGGUACAAAGAGAAGAGGCAGAACAGGCUCUUCUCCAAGAAGAUUCGCUAUCAAGUUAGAAAACUCAAUGCUGAGAAACGACCUCGACUCAAGGGUCGAUUUGUGAAGAAGGGUUGAGAGAGAGAUGGGAAGUCUAGCUAAUUGUAAAUUUCUUUCAUUUUCAGUCUCCUUGUAAAGGCACUGGAAAUAUCAAGAAAUUUAAAAUAACUAGCUUUCAAGCCUAUGAAAAUAGUAGUAGAUCAAAUGCAAAUAUGAGAGAAUCUCAACUUUUGUUGCAAA